CCUUGUAAACGAAGGCGCCAAAUUCUAUACAUGAAUGUUAUUUUGUAUUUUACUAAUUUUAAAGUAUUAAGGUCAGUCCUAAGUUCUUAGUCAGCAAUAAUUCGAAUGCUUUAAGGCAUUAUGUGGAUACAAAUGUGAUAGAUCAUGGUGAAUCUCUAGCUUGUUGGCAGAUAUAUUUUAAAAUGCAACGUAUUGAAGAACUUAAAAUUUGCACAUGAUAUGUAAGAUAUAAAAAUACUAUCUAUUGUAUAUCUUUACUGUUGUUGUCUUUAUAGUGAUGUCAAUUUGUUUGGACACUGUUUUUAUCAAAGAAAUAAAAAGACAAGCCGAACCUUUUAAAAAUAACAUAAAGCACAAGAGUAGAACUGUGUUAAGAUGCAGGAACAAUAUUUUAAAGCCGAAGUGUGAUAGAACUCUUAAAAGGAAACUUAAAAAGUAUAAACUUAGAAAAGAUGGAGAGGAAGACCAAGAUAUUAUAGAUGUGUCACAAACUUUUGUUACUUCACUAAUCAUCAAGUCUCCCAACACCGAAAUGAGUACUGCUGCUAGUUUAAAACGCAACUUAAAACCAUCCAGAGUCGAGCAAAGUUUUACUAUGCAUAGGCGAAAAAAGAAUAUAAAGCCUGAAGAGGUUGAUCCAAAAACUGUAAGUCCUACACAACCACUAGAAUCAAAUAAUCAAACAGAUGCUUUUAAAUUACUAAUGGAUUCUCGCAAUAAGGUAAUUGGAUCUAAUUCUCCAGGCAAAGAAAGGAUAUUAGAUGAAAGUGAAUUACAAGAAGUUACUGAAAGGAAAGAGCUCAAAGUUAGAAGGACUCUAUCAUUGAAGAAAAUGGCCCAGGCUAAAGGAGCCCUACAGAAGCAGGAACGGGAUGAAUCUAGAGAAAAGUAUGUUAAAAAUGAAAUGGCGAAAAGAGCUGAAAGGUUAAGAAAUAUGAUAGCAAAACCUGAUGCACAUUCAAGUAAAAAUAUCAAUAAUAAGUCCGUCCUUGAGCCACAAGUAGAUUCAUUAAAUCUAACACCACCUAAGACUGAAAAUGGUGUAAGUAAGAAAAGUGAAUCUUUAAAAAUUUCUAAAUCGUUCUCUAAUACCAAUUUAUCAGAUAGCUCUCUUAAACAUAAUAUAACUAAAGAAGAAGUGGAAUUUCUGAAAAAAUUAUCACCCUCUAUUCGAAAAAAAGAAAACAUGCUUUGUUAUUUCAAUGUAGUCACGAAAGAAAUAGAAUGUGAAUCUGUUCUUAAUGAAAAUGAUAGUGUAGAUGAACAAGCAAUUAUUAAAGUGAAAAUUACAUCAAAAAGUAAAAAGAAAAAGAAACAAGAAAAAAAUAUUGCCGAGAUACAUACUCCAGUGUUGAUUGUUAAAAGUCAUGAUAAUGACACCCAACAUGAUAAAUUAUCAUCCAAAGAUAUUGAGGGCAAGGAAGUUGUUAGUGACAGAAAAAAGCGUAAAAGAAAAAAACAUGUCACUGAAAGUGAAUCUACUAACUUUUCAGAAGUAACAUCAACUGAUUCCAGGCCUAAAAGAAAUAUCAAAAAACCAAUUAAAUAUGAGGAUGCUUUAGUAUCAAGUUCGGAUGAAGAAUUCCAUAUCUUCACACCAAAAAAGAAAAAAGGCUCUGUAAAUAAUGUUGAACAACCAAAAAUAACUAAUAACGUACACACAAUGGAAGUGAAGAAUUCUAUAUCAAACAAAUGUAUAAAACAAUAUCCAAAUAAAGCAUCUACAAAAAAGAAUAUUCCCUCAGCAAAUUUACCAGUUAAGAAGCCAUUAAAAUUAGCCCCAAUAUUUGCUCCAAAACCACAACUGACUGCUGAAGAAUUAAAGGCUAAACAAGAAUUUCUGCAUAGUGGUAUUCCAAAUCAUGUAAAAAAGAAUAAUAAGCAACCAGUUACUUGUACAACUAAUAGCAAUUGUUUUCUACCAGUGGUUCAUAUACAACAGAUUGAUCCAAAUCAUGUUACAAAUUCCACCAUACUUCCAUUAUCAUUGUUACAUUCCGAUGAUGAACCAACUAUCGCCAACUCUUCAUCUGAUUCCUAUAAAAACUUACUGACAAUAAACACUGAGAAUGAGAAUUUAAAUGUAUUAGAUUUUAAAAAUAAUGUUAAAACACUAUUAAAAGCAAUGAAGAACCUGUAUUCAAAAUUUCCUGUUUAUCGUACUUAUCAUUCAUUAAAAGCUAAAAGUAGAGGAGAAAUUGGAGAAACACAAUGUAUUUAUUUAGAUAACAGUGUUGAAAUAAUCAAUGGUAUAACAGACACAUGUAAUGAUAAUCUAGAUAAAUUAAAAUGGACAGAUAAAUAUAAGGCAACAUCAACAAAACAAAUAAUUGGGAACUUUGAAAGUAUUAAAGAACUUAGGAAAUGGUUAAUUUCUUGGACUGAAAACUGUGUACCGGAACAAAAAGAUUCAGAUUCAUCUGACUUUUGCUAUUCGGAUACUGACAGUGGAGAUGUCAAAAGAAUGAGAAAUAAUCUGCUCAUACUAACUGGAAAGACUGGCAGUGGAAAAACAUCCAGUGUAUAUGCUGUUGCAUCGGAGUUAUCAAUCAAGGUAAUUGAAGUGAAUGCAAGUAGUAAAAGAACUGGUAAAAUAAUGCUCCAAGAUUUACAAGAAGCUACCCAGUCCCAUAAAGUAAACAGACAGAUGGAUGGCAUUGAUAAUUCUCAGAAGUCAAUAGAUGUUGAUUCUAACAUAUCACAGAAUAAAAAACGUGGGAGACCUAAGAAGCAGACUCUUGAGAAUCUGUCCCAGAAAUCUGUCUCUUCAAAGAAAGACUCAAAUAGUGAACCAUUUUCAAGUCAAGAGAGCAUGAGAACUGUUAUGUCUCUUAUUUUAAUUGAUGAUGCAGAUAUAAUUUUUGAGCAAGAUGAUGGAUUUUGUUCUGCAAUAGCUCAACUUGUGCAUAGUUCUAAACGUCCAGUUAUUUUAAUUACUGAAUCAGUGAAUUGCCCCCACCUGCAAAAAUUCUUGAAAUACAGUCAAGUUAUAAGUCUGCAACCUUUCCUGCCUAGAAUGCUUGGGACAUGGCUAGACAUUAUGUGUUUAGCUGAUAGUAGCAUUUGCUAUCCUGGCUUAGGAGCUAAGCUUUUAGAUUUUUUUAAAGGGGAUAUAAGAAAGACAAUCAAUUGUUUGCAAUUCUAUAUGACAUCACACAGACACAUUUUAAAACGGGAGAAUGCAUCUCAAGGAUAUGAUUUUAUAGAUGCAGGUGAUGAUGAAGCCUCAAGUAUGUCAUGGGCUGUUAAUGAGGAAGUUGAAGAUAGAUUUGCAAGUUCUACUGCUAUUUGUAACUCGAGUAUUCAGUAUUUUUUGGAUAAACAGAUAAAUAUACAUAACCUCUCACCAUUUCUUACAUUUAACAUAUGGUGGAGUUUACCUGCAUUUUUAAAUUUCAAUUGUAAUGAUUUAGUUACAGUUCAUACAAAGGAAAAUGAAAAAAUAGGAAAUGAUGUAUUGAAAUUAGAAACAAUAUCAUCAGCAAUAGAUACCCUUUCAGUUCUUGACUUGUUUGAAAAUACUACAGCAGAAUUACAUGCUAAUAUAACAUCCAAGCCUUGGUUCUCUCCUGAAAGUGCCAGUUUGAUUGAGGGCGAGAAUUUUGAAUAUUACGAUAGAACUUAUGAAAUUACGCAAGAUAUUUCACAAUUUUUAAUGACCAGCAGCAUUCAGAAUGCACAAAGAAUUUUAAAAUGUGAACAGAGAAUUGAUGUAGAGUUUCCUUCUAUGACUAUGCAAAGAGAACGUGACAAAAUAAUACAUCGACAUAAAAGCUUGACUCAUUACUUGAACCCAGUAGCUGUGUUGGACCGUAAAGCAGUUGCAUUGGACUACUGGUCAAGUUGUCGUAGUAUAUGCAGAUCAGAAAAGACCAAAACAGAUUUAAGUAGCAAGAGAAAUAAUAGAUUCUGUCAUUACCUUAAAUCAUUAAAUAUUUUGUGUAAUAAUGAGUAUUUUGAUAAGUUGGGUGACAGUUUAUGUUUAGGUAAUAUUUAUUGAUACAGGUUCUAAU